AAGAGCCUCUCUGUCCCAGCCCAUCUUUCAGAACACACACACACACUGAGAAGUUGGAGAAAGAGCUCUCCUAGAGUCAGUUGCAGAGCUGAUCCGUUUUUCAGUUGCCAUUGCUGCUUCCUUAAGCAGUUGUUUUGUGAAUUUUGUGUGAGUCGGACCAGUGGCUGAGAUCGGUAGAUGGCUCCUCGAUGUGUUUCUGUUUUGCAGACGUUGUUCCCAUUCCAGUUCUCGGUACUGUGCACUGCCGUGGUGUGCAGCUGUGAUGCACAGGGUUCUGGCCUGACUGCUGUGUGGGAAGUAGCCGGUUCCUUUCACCGUGCAUUUGGGUGUUUAUGCUGUGUCCGGCUCCUCAGCUGGCUACUGAGAAAAUCAGUGUAAGCCCUGUCAGAUUGUCUCUGGCAGCAGCUCCUAGUAAUUAUUUAUGCUCUGGGAAUAUUUUUUCUGCUCCUCAAACCCUCUGUCCACUUCAUUUCUCUGUUUGUGUAACAUACGUGUAUUCUUUUUUUCAUUCACCUUUCUCAUUUCCCCAGCUGCCAUUUUGUUUUUUUAAAUGUUCUGUAGUUUUGUACAAGAUGAGACUUAGCCUUGGGUAUUUCUUGCUGAAGCUUUAAUGCUUUGUAAAUAAAAUCGGAUGUUUAUUAAAAGAGCAAGUGUAGAUGUUUGUUUAUAAACACUGAUCACUUAUGGAACUCAUCAGCCACGAAAAGUACAGCUUACUAGAUUGACGUUAGAUCUUUGUGAGAAUGCCGAGCUGGAAGGGGAAGAAUGGUCAAGAUGUCUAGAUUUCUGCCUCUGGACAGGAUUAUAAUAAGUAAAUGGUUUGGUCGGGGAUUUAGUUCAGUGGUUCUGCCUCCUGCCUUGCAAGCCCAAGGGCCCGAGUUCGAUCCCCGGUACCAAAAACAAAAGUAAAUGAUUUGAAUCAAAAGUUGAAGUUAAUCAAAAGGUCAUCUAGGAAUGAUGUCUUUUCAGAUUCUUUGGUAUAAAUUUGCAUAAUUGAAGAGACCACAGUGCUGUGCAUUCCAGAGGUUAUGAAAUGAAUGGUAGGAAGAUCUUAGUCUAAAAACAGUAAAAACUAGUCUUUUUUUCCCCCUCGAUUAAAUCAGCUUUAAAGCCCUUUGAGUACUCAUUGUCACCUAAAGAAUGUAUUUCACAAAAUUUAUUGGCUUGGUUUUAACCAGGGCUAAAAAUGAGUGUCUGCUUACUGACCUUUGUCAUGUGGCUUUGACAUCAUAGCUGUUUCAUAGCAACCUCAUCCACCUAAGCAGAUGGCUUCUCUGUUCUGGAGGGCAGAGGGUGCAGGCCAGGGAUCAGGCCGUGUUACACUUCCUCCCACCCAGAAGAUGUCUUAGGUCCCCCAGGGAAGAGGAGCAUCAGCAGCAGGGAGAGGAGCUGGCUCUGACGUAGCCUCUCUCGCUAAUCUGAAUGGGUGUCUUGGCCCUUGUCUUUGUGAAUUGUCUUUUAAAAAAAAACAAAAAACAAAAAACUCCUUACAUGCAGCAGUGAACACUUUACAAAGUGUUUUCAUGUGCAUUGUAUCAUUUGAUGCUCAAGGUGACCUUCCUGAAAAAAUGCAAGAUCUUCAUUUAUGAAGGAGGAAAUAGAAACUCAGGAAGUCAUUUGCCUUCUACUCUAGAAUUAAUCAUUUUUAUAGAAGGCUUAGGAACAUUACCAGUAAAUAAGGAGGAGAGCUAUGACACUGGAGGAUUCACCUGGAGUACCUGGAGGGCACCGGCCAAGGUGGUGCAGUGCCCACCAGACAUGAAGACUUCGGCCGCAAGAUUCGUUACUGGGAGCCUGGUGCUGGCCCUCUGCUUGCCUUUGGCAGUGACUUCACCUAAAACACUGGCCAUCCCUAAGAAGCUGCAAGAAGCUGUGGGCACAGUUACUGUCAAUGCCACGACCUGCACUGUCACCUGUGGCCUUGGCUUUAAGGAGGAGACCGUCUGUGAGGUGGGCCCCGAUGGGGUGAGGAGGAAGUGUAGGUCCCAGCGCUUGGAGUGCCUGACCAACUGGAUCUGUGGAAUGCUCCAUUUCACUGUUCUCGUAGGAGAAGAGUUUGAGCUUAGCUGUCUCAGUUCAGACAUCCUGGAGAUCGGAAAGGAAGCAUUCCGCUUUACCUGGAGACUUGCGCGAGGGAUCAUCUCCACGAACGAUGAAGUCUUCAGACCCUUCCGAGCCAGCUCCCACUUGGUGAGGUUCAGACCUGCCCGGGAGUAUGACUCUGGGACGUACCGCUGCGACGUGCAGCUGCUCCGAAACUUGAGGCUGGUCAAGAGGCUCUACUAUGGGCUGAGGGUGCUUCCUCCCAAGCUGGUGAACCUGAAUUUCCAUCAGUCCCUUACUGAGGAGCAGAAGUUAGCAGAUGAGGGCUUGGAAGUUAAUCUGGACAACUAUUCCAAGCCUCACCGCCCCAAGUGGCAAAGGAAGGUGGCAUCAGCCUUGGGGGUAGGGAUUGCAGGUGGGGUGAUUGGAGGCGUGUUGGUGAGCAUCGUCCUUUGCAAGGUGCUCAGGGAGACCUACACUGGUAAAAUCCUCAAGAGCUUACAAGCCUUGCUCCUGAGGGACUGGCUGCCCAGGAAGCCAGGCUAGCUGCAUAGAGAGUGAGUUGGCUGACUGAUAGUGGAUUGGCCGAAAGACUGUGUGAGGAAUGGAGAGGUGGAGCCUCACGGUAGCCCUGCAAGAGUGUCCAGUUUCUUUGUGUCCCGGAUGGACCUCUCCCUGAUCUUCCUGAUCUCCCUGUUGCUGGGUGCUCAGGCUUCGGUUCGGCUCCUGGGAAGGUAGCUGUCUUCCAAGCUUGCAUUCAUCUGCCCCUUUAACUUGUGUUUCCCUCUUCUGAGCAACGUACUCGGGUAGAAGGAUGUAAUAGUAGCUUUUCUAGUGAAAACUUAUUUUUCCCUCUUCA